UGCAACUGGACAGAUACUUUUCCCUGAAAAGGUCUGUGCAGCCAGCGGCGCUGCUUGGGAGUCUCCAGCCCCUGUUCCUUGUCUAUUCGCUCCUUGUGUAGCCAGCGGCUCCAUCACCUGCGGCUCAGAUGGCUUCCGUAACAGAUGCCAGAUAUGGACACAAGGAUGCUUCCGACCAGAACUUUGACUAUAUGUUCAAACUGCUGAUCAUUGGCAACAGCAGCGUGGGCAAGACAUCUUUCCUCUUUAGAUAUGCUGAUGACACUUUUACACCAGCCUUUGUCAGCACAGUGGGAAUUGACUUCAAAGUGAAAACUGUUUACAGGAAUGACAAGAGAGUGAAACUACAGAUUUGGGAUACUGCUGGACAAGAAAGAUACAGGACCAUUACUACUGCCUAUUACCGAGGAGCCAUGGGAUUUAUCCUUAUGUAUGACAUUACAUGCGAAGAGUCCUUCAACGCUGUUCAGGACUGGGCGACUCAGAUAAAGACCUAUUCCUGGGAUAAUGCCCAAGUUAUCCUUGUUGGAAACAAGUGUGAUAUGGAAGAUGAAAGAAUUGUUCCUCUUGAAAAGGGAAAACAUCUGGCUGAUCAGUUGGGGUUUGAUUACUUUGAAGCUAGCGCCAAGGAGAACAUCAAUGUGAGGCAAGUGUUUGAGCGUCUCGUGGAUAUAAUUUGUGAGAAGAUGUCAGAGAACAUGGAUUCAGAAGCUUCUAAAACUGUGGCUGGGAAGAAUGUGCGUCUAACUUACAAUCCAUCUCCACUGCAACAGAACUGUUCAUGUUAGUGCCUGAUAAUCCCUAAGAAAGCUCUUAUUCCCCUCACCUGGCCAUUUAUCCCACUGUCUUUAAAAAGAGAUGUGUCAAUGUGAACAGAGCUGGAUGUAUUUCCUCGGUGCCCCCUAUUGUGAAAGACUUUACAUAUUGUAUAACAGAAAAACAGUGUAAAUGUAGACAGUGUUCAAGUGAAAGGUUAUGUUGAAGUUUAAGUGUCUUAUGUGCUCUAUCUAGACUCUUCCCACUACUGUUGUUUUCUGCUACCCUUAUUUCAAUACAUUUCAACAUCUGUUAAUGAGAAGCGACUACAGAAAGUCACAUUUGGAUGAUUUUUAAACGUUGCUGUCAUGCCAGACACAUUUGCCAACUAUAGGGCAAUUUGAUUCUCCUGAAAACAGCUCUCAAAAAAAAAAGGAGGGGGAUUUUUGUGGGUUUUUUUCAUGACAGUAAAAAGCAACAGGAGGAAAGAGAUACAUUGCCAAUGUGCUGAACAUCUUUUGCCUUGAAAACCCUACAGGGUUUCAAGAAGUCAUCUGUGACUUGAUGGUACAUGCACAGACACUAUAAGACAACAAAGAGCAACUAAAGUCAGGGCCACUUUUACAUUUUUGUUUUUAAGUACUUACAUUCCACUUUAACCACAAAAUAGCAUUUUUACUAUAAAGUCAGUAUUUUUUUUUACUACUUCAGAGGAUAUCUUAAUUGCUUCUGGGAUUUCAGAUACUCAAAGAGGAAACCAUCAUUAUGUUGCAUGGGCCUACUAUUAAAAAGGCCCAAGAUUUGAGGACUUCAGUUUAUUCCCGCAGUACUCCAUGGUUCAAAAGAAAAAAAAUCUUACUGCAGUGGGUAUUCAACCAUUUGAUGAUCACAACACAUUUUUAUCACACUAUGGCCUAUUAUGCAUGGUCUACUUACUGUGCAGUUUGGAAGCAGACAAUUUCCAAUCUUUCAUUCACAUUCUGUGUUUGUUUUUUGCACCAUCCUUUUUGUGUGUGUGGCAAUUGUUUUCUGAGCUGCAAUGUAUUUAUUUCGCCUAUCUAGUGAAAAGAUGACUUUUACUUGCCUGGGUGCAGGGUGUCACUGGCCACAUGGUGAGAAGGGAUGUUUCCUAUUUUCAUAUGAAGGGCCUAUCAAUGCUAUGAUAAAUGUACUGCAAUUGCGCAGUUGAUCUUCAUGGCUUGUAGCUGCAUGCAUGCUUGCGUUCCCCUACUGGUUACUGUCCAUCCUCCAUUUUGGGCAGUUUCCCCUGUAGUUUAAUUUUUUAAAAAUUUGCUGGCACCAGACUAGAGCUAGAAUGUCGAGCUUAAAAGUGAAAUGUACAAGGCUUGAUUGACAGGUCACUCACAUGCGCACACACAGGCAGCACCAGACAAAAGGGAGAGGCUGCAUCACUAGAGGCAGCCAACCAACACAUUUCCCACCAACAACACAGUCUGCAACCCAAAGAACACUUUCCUGGGAGUAAGUGACAUUGAAUAAAAUGGGUCUUCCUUAUGAGUAGACCAGUUUCGAAUUGCUCCCACAGUGGUUGAGUACUGGGCAGUAUAUUCCUCUGCAUCAGAAGUGAUGACUUGAGAUUGGGUAAAGGAGAAGUUUUCCCUGGGAAGGUGAUUUACAAGGGAUGAUUUAAAAACAAGGGAGACCGGCAAGGGAGACCGGCAAGGCCGAGCUGCCGGCUUCAUCCUUGCCCGCCCUGCAGGCAGCAGGGCAGGCGCAUCCAUGCGCUUCUCAGAAUGAGUGGAGUAAAAGGUAAAACAAAAAGGGAGAAAGGGAAAGUGCUUCCAAGAUGUCAUGUGGCUGAGGAAGCCCCCACCAUAUAAGCAGGAUUGAAGGGGAAGAAGCAACUUGUGAAAGGCCACAACUACAAAACCUCAGGUGAUCAGGUGGCCUGGGCAUACUUUCUCCACGAAUUGAGGCUUGCCAAUUUCACGCAAGUUCAGCAUUCUAUCACUAGACUGCUGCUAAUUUUUUUUAAAUCAAAAACUACAAGGGGAAUGGUCAAAAACCUUCCUAGCAAUCCAAAAUAUAUGUGGCACAGCAAUGGGGGCGGGUGGGGGCGGGCAGUCAAGUAGAAGGAACGACUAUGGUAUGGGUAGGGGAAAGUGUAAGAAGAAGAAAAACCAAGGAAAUCUUUACACUUUAGGACUUCCUUCACCUUUACAGCAAAGUGGGGGAAGUCGCAUUUUGUGAGCAUCCACAAAACAUGGGGAAUAGCAGAACUGAAAGCAGGAUCAGUGCUGAAGAGGGAAAAAUGCAUGUGCAAAAAAAAAAAACCCCACAGGAAUGUAGGUUGAAAACAAAAAAACAAACCCGCAUUUAUGUAAAAGGCCCAUGUUCUGGUGAAGCAAAGCUUAUACAAAUGGGGUUGCCAACCUCCAGGUGGAACCUCAACAUCUCCUAGAAUUAUAACUGAUCUCCAGACCACAAAGAUCAGUUUCUCUGGAGAAAAUGACUGCUUUGGAGGGCAUGUGGCACCGCAUUAUACCUCACUGAGAUCCACAUCCUUCCGAAAAUCCACCCUCCCAGGGUCUAUUACAGAAAUUCUGCAACCUGACUUUGGCAGCCUUAAGUUUAAAAGGACUCAUUUUAGUUAUUAGAUUGUAACAUUGCUGUCCUCCAAUGAUCUUAGGGCAGAAUACUUCUGUCCCUAUGACAAUGGCUGUUAGAUAAAGAUAGGUCCAAAGUGAGCCUCAUAAUUGAAUGGGAGUUUGAAGCUGGGUAUCCCUGGACCUAGUAUGGCACUAAACCACAGGCUUUCAUGGAAAAUUUGGCCAGCCUUAGAGGGGAAGGACGGAUCUAAAAAGUUCUAGAUCAGGGAUUGUGUACGCAGCAUUCUGGCUAUGAUUAUAAUUAAACUGCAGUGAUGUUAGUAACAGGUCCCCAAGCUGAUUCAACAACUUUAUGGGAUUUCUGCACAAUUGUUCAAAGUACCCUGUUAACUGUUUCUGGUUUUCAACAGUAAUGCUAUAUUUAAAUACUGCAUUUGUAGAAGUUUAAUUAUUCAUAAUUAGAUAUGACAGAAAAAAGGUAAGUAUCACCAAGUAGUUGUUGAGCUAGUAGCCUUGAUGAAUAUGUCUAAGAACUAACAAAACAAAAAACACUGGAAAAAUGGAACAUAUCCUCAAUUUUCCUGGCAAUAUUCCCUCUCCUCACUAAAGUCAUUUAAGCUCACGGGUACAGAUUUUUUAAGUUUGUGAGAUAAGACAUUUGAAAGAUAUACACCUUUGUUAAAAAUAGUGGAAUCAUCAACAUGUCUCCCUUUUAGUUCAGUAGGUACAUUAACUAUGAUAGCAAGAUAAAAUGCUUUCAGUAGUAUUUGAACUGCUCUAGUUUUCUGUCUUAAAGAUUAAGAAAAAGUUCUAUUUUGUUGACUAUUAAUUAUUUAGUGUUUCAGAAAGCAUCAGCUAUGUAGAGCUUGUUCAUAUUAUUCCUAGCUCUAAAAUACUAACAAAAUAAAAUGAUCUAUCCUUUAGUCACUGUGUAAGUUCUGUGAAUGUUCAUUUUUAUUGCUAAUACAUAGGUUAAAAGCCACAAAUAGGAAAGGGAUUCCUUAGAUACAACAAGGAGAUAAGUGUUUUAAAGUAUGUUUGUGCAAUAACCUGGUUACCACAGCUUGUUGCUGUUAUUAUGGCAAGACUGCAUAAGUAUGACAAUAAACAAUGUUAAUUACUGUUAACAAGGAU